AUAUGCAAAUGGAUCAGUUUUCUGCACCAGAUAAUUGUCAGACACUUGCAAACCCUCUAAAUCAGCCAAUGAAAUUUUUCGAAGCUCAACCAUCAUUCGAGGUCGCUACCGAGCGAUAUGUUUCAAUCAGUAGGGAAGAUCCGGUUCCAACUGUGAAGUAAAACGAAAAAUACAUCGAGAGCUUUUUAGGACUGUUCAAAGGUUUAGACAGCGCUCGUCCAGUCGACGCUAAAAGCCUGUUAGCAAACCAUGGCGAGUAACAGCUGCACAAGGUGUACAUUCCGAGUGGUUGGACUUUUGGUUUAUGUUUUCGCUGGAGGAGCCAUAUUUAUGCAGAUCGAGAAGAAAAAAGGCAGAAACUCUACGACUCAAACAUUAGAGGACUUUUUGAGUCAGUGGAGUAAAAUGUAUAACCUGUCCCGAGAAAAUAUUUCUAAUCUGCUAAAAGAUUACGACGAAACUAAGGACAACGAAGCGAAGCCAACAUGGACAUUCUUAAAUUCUGUUUUCUUUGUCUUACAGCUUGUCACUACAAUAGGAUAUGGAAACAUAACGCCAAGGACUGAAAGCGGUCAAAUUUUCACCGUGUUUUAUGCGUUGGUAGGAAUUCCUCUUUCAAUUUUGGCACUGAAAUCAAUUGGAGAGCUUGUAAACAAAGCCCUAAAAUCCCUGACUCGACCACUGCAUCAAAAAUUUCACAAUAAAAACUGCCAAGAAUGUGACUGCGAUUUCGUGGAAACUGGAAAUACCUGCAUCAAUUUUGUGUCUUGCAUUAUAACCUUGCUCACUACAUGUGCAUUGAGCUCGUAUUUAAAACCAGAACAAAGUUUUAUCACUACCUUUUAUUCUAUUUUUGUAACCUUAACUACUGUAGGAUUUGGAGACUCUAUUCCGUUUGAAGAUCGCUUGUAUGUUUUUAUCAUAACUGUUCUUCCCGGUUUGUGUUUCAUGUCAAGUUUGAUCGAUUCGAUUGUAGCAUAUUUGGAUAAAACCAGAAAGGCUACCACGCAUUGUUUUAGCUUCAGGAAGUGCCGUUUGCCUACAAACGAUGCGAGGAUAACGGCAGAAGUUGAUUUGAAAAACAUUCAGACACUGGAGAACAACAUCGACUCUUGAAGGGGCACGUAGAGGGCUUUCAAUGGCUGUCAUACAAAUAAAAGGAAAGUUGCCAUGGUGAUGACACACUCCUCUUCAAGUAUAAUGCUGUAAGACAGUGUUAGAGUUAAACGGCCAUAACUGUCACGACUAUUCCGUGUAAUGUAAUAACAAUACUGGAUCUAGAAAUCCAUUCAAGAUUCUUAGGAAACCUGUAACAAUGAACGUCUUUAAAUACGCCUUCGCUGUUGGGUAUAGCACAAAACUUCGACGCGUUAUGCGUAAUAUUCCUUUAAUUUUCGACCAUCACAAUCGAUAGUAUGAACAUGUCACGAGAAAUCGGUUACCAGACGGUGAAAAAUUUUGUGCGAACCAAACGAUAAAAGUAAGAGUUUACAGUCGCAAGAGCUCGUCGAUAAGAACACGCGUGAGAAGCUACAGUCCAAAAAACAUGUGACCAAACUGUUCUUCGUGUAUAUGUACCGAAACGUAACGCAACAAGAAAAACAAGAACAAAGGAAAAACGUCACGGACUAAGUUUAACUAAACAUUCGCAUCAUCAAGGAAUGGAAAGUUGCUAAAUCAUCUUUUUGGAAACGAAACCAGUAUCAUCAAAACAGAUUCAAACAAAAUUUAAAAAAGUAGACGAACACUGGUUGAUCCUUCAAUCUACGGUCCUAUUUGUCUUACUUCAUUGCAAAGCCGUUUUGGUACGUGUUGUAUACAUAGAUUUUGAAGUGUAAGAAUGUACAUAAAUUUCAAAAGUAAAAUUAGUUAGUUAGGAGAACCCUUUUAUUUACCCUCAGGGCUCUCCCCUUCAAAUACUGUACAAUUUUUAAACAUAUUUGUUACGGAAUAAAGUAUCAUUCAACUAACGCAAGUAAUAAAAAAACCAACCAAUCAUAGUUCGAGUUAAAAUUGUGGUCCACGGCAAAGUCGGAGAAAUAGAAGGGAAUCAAAAUGAAAAUAGAAGAAGAAUAAGAAUGGUUUAUUUAAUACCUUAAUAGCAGCAAGGGCUGAAUUGCUAAGGUUUACAAUGUAUAGAAGGAGAGAUUUUCUAAAUAUAAUUACAAUUUUACUUACAUGCUUACAAUAAGAAUCCUACGGCCGUACUACAACUACAAUAAGAAUUCUACGACUAUGACUACAAAUAUAAAAUCUUAGAAAUUAGUGCAGUUGAAUUGCUAAAAAGGAG